AUGAUGUUGAGGAAAAUAUUGAUCGCAACCGCGUUCCUUGUCGCGGCGAACGCAUUUCCCGCUCAGAAAACGACAUCGCUUAUUUUAGACGAGUCUGACGAGAAAAGUUCCUGGUACUCCACGUUCCCUUUAUUUAGUAUCUUCAAACCGAUUAUUGAAUUAUUCCCUAAUUUCGCUGAUAUAGGGCCGAAGAUUGAAAUUGGAGAAAAAUACACCAAUAUUAUAAUCAAAGCUGAUCAGUACAAACUGGAAGAACUAAGUGUCGUUAUAAAGGGAAGAUAUGUAUCAAUAGAGGGAUCAAAGAGGACUGUAAACGAUGACCGAGACCUAGCCAGUGAGUUCCUGUAUACCGCAUCUCUGCCACACAACGCCGAUAAAAGUGAUGUGUUUGCGAAAUUUUACAGUGAUAAGUAUUUAGUCGUAUCUACGCCUAACAAAGCUGGGAAAGAAAGUAACCACGUUGAUAGAACUGUUCCUAUAGAAGUUAUAGGAGAGCCUUAUAUUAAAAAUGCCAAUGCCUUUACUGAAAAUCAAUCCACUGGAGCUCCGGUGUUGGCGGAUCUUGUGAGUACUAUUGCCCCUGGGGUAAUUGAUGAUAAAGUUACUUCCGAACCAGAGUCAACAACCGAGCAAGUGACAACAUUAGCACCUAAGUUAAGUGAAAAAUUGGCAAAUCUCGCUCCUCAGUUAAGCACUGAGGCAGCCAGCACAUUCGCGCCCGAAGAAAAUCAUAAUGACUUAGCGAACUCUACUCCAGAGCUCGCUGAGAAACUAUUAGAGACUACUGAAGUUAGAAUUGAAAAGGAAACUACUUUAGCACCUGAAACAACAAGUGAAAAAGCAGAAGUAGUAACAGAAGAAAAAACUGUGGAAAUCGUAACUGAAGUGCCUAUUGAACCAUCUACAGUAGACUUUAACACAGCCAGUGAUUUGGAAGCUGAAAAAGAAACAAAGGUGAACACAGAAUCAACAACGCCAUUCAUAGAAAUGGUGACUCUUAACACCACUCCAUACUUUGAUAACGAAAUUAGUGAUUUGGUGAGCAGUGAGCAGUAG